AUGAUGCCGCUCACGAGGCCUCAAGACCCAGAAGCAGUCUUCAUCCGCGACCAAGGCGACGUAUUCAGCGCUUUAAGCCCCACACAGAUCCGGCCCUUCACCAAUUACAGUAUUCAGUUCAUAAGCGCCCAUCAGUUCUACCAGUGCGCGAAAGCGGCGCUCUUUGUUGACCAAGAAAGCGUCAAUCUCAUCAUGGCGACCACAGACCCGAAGGAACUCAAGAGGCUGGGAAGCUUGGUGAAGUCAUACAAGGAUGAUAUCUGGAGGAUGAAAUCACUUGGUGUCUGGGUGAGGGCCUUCCAACAAAUAGUCAAAACAUCGAAGAAUGCGAAAGGAUUCAGGAACCUGCUCUUGGCCACCGGAGAACGCAAGAUCACCUAUGUACCUAGUAUCGACAACAGCACAUUGACAGUCAGUCUCCUUCACGAUAUUCCCAACAAACAGCCCGGAAAUGUUUCUGAUUACAGCGCGGUCGGAGAGGCGCUUCAGGAGGUCCGGUCAGCACUCGUGCGACGGUCUGAGCUCGAGGCGGCCAAGGCGCAAGAGCAACAGCAACAGCAAGAGCAAGAGAUGGAGCAAGAGCAGGAACAGAAGUUAGAUUCUGCAAAACAGGACAAGAACCUGUCUAGCAACAAGCGGAAGGCAGGUUCAGCGGAGCUGCGGCAAUACGAAGAGAGGGCAGACAAGAGGGCGAAGCAACAGUAA